CUUUAUUAUCUAGUUGGUCUGCUAGCUGAUUCGUAGAAACAACGGUUUAUUCUUGCAGUGUCGUGUUACAAAUCUGACAUCAAGAGAAAAACAGUUAGAAAUGUUGUGGUUGAUAUUUUCGAUUUGUAUUGUCAUAAGCGUAACCGGUGUCACGUCAGAUGGCUGCACUGGAUUCCGUUAUGAAGGUCCCGAUGGCCAGGAAAGCUGGGGUAGUCAAUUCAAUCAAUGUGCUGGCAAGCAUCAAAGCCCGAUAGAUAUUGAUUCUUGCUUCGUUAAAAUGGUCGCUUUAGAUCCGUUGCGAAUGGAAGGAUUUAAUUCAACCAUCGGUAAGGCAUCACUCACCAAUAACGGACAUACUGCAAUGAUGAUUAUCGACGGUGUUAAUAAACCAACUAUAACCGGUGGUCCGUUAGCUGCAAAAUAUGUGUUUGCUCAGUUACACUUCCAUUGGGGCAUCGACGACUCGUGUGGAAGCGAAAAUAAAUUCGAUGACAAAACAUUCCCGCUCGAAUUACAUAUUGUGUUCUAUAAACAAGAAUAUGGGAGCGUUGAUGCUUCAUUGAAUUUCGUCGACGGUCUUACGGUUUUGGCCUGUAUAUUUGAGCUGUCCGACAACCCGAAUCCAAAAUAUGAACCAUUUGUUGAUGUGUUGGCGCAAGUUAUUGAACCAGGACAAAUAGCUGUUUUUCCAACAGCACCGACCUUGUCCGCUUUAUUGCCCCGUGACUUAUCGCAAUACUUUACAUACCAUGGGUCAUUGACGACGCCACCGUGUUCCGAAGCCGUCACAUGGAUAGAUUUCAGAGAAACUAUAAAAAUUUCGUCUGGGCAGCUCGCAGCGUUCCGAAAAUUAAUCGACGGACACGGUCAUCAACUUAUCAACAAUUUCCGAGCAAUUCAACCACUUGGCGACAGAAUAGUUCGUCGUAAUAUCGGAAAUAAAAAGGACAAAACUUUGACCAACAAGGGAGUUGACGUUACAACUACAAAAAGUAUUCGGACCAAAAUUGCACAAGACGUCAAGAAUAUACCGCCACCUCCUCCAAAAAAGAAAAUUUGAACGAUUUUCGGAUGAACGCAUGGACACGGCGUAUCAACCAAUAUAAAAUGUAAACAACAAUUGUUCAAUAAACUUUGUGCCGCUCUACUUGAUAAAGUAAAAGUA